AUGGAUCAAGUGGAAGAUAUAUCUUCGAAAGUUGCUUCCUUAGGGGAUGUAGUCAAUAUACCUAAACACCACUACUCGGGUCAGGAUGCCAACACUGAGCACAUGGCUUCAUCUUCUUCGAGUGGAGCAGCUUCUGCUGAGAAUAAUCAUGUCAAUGGUAACAACGAAGAUACCGGGAAACAAACAUGGUACGAAGAACCAUUAGAAAGUGACAAACAUGGCUCGAAAGGCCAGUACAGCGCGCAAAUGGUUCAUUCCCCGGAUUCCUCCGCAACUCCUAGUCGGAUUGGCUCCAUUGAUCAUAUUGCUUCUGCAACAGAAACAGGAACAGGAGCGGUAGGACAACAGCCCAGCUCAUCCUCCAAGCCUCCGAUAUCCCAAAGUAAAUCCAAAGACCAAGCCGCCAUGCCUCCCCCAACUAAGCCUUCCCGUGCACCUGCUUCUUUUAUGUUAGGUGUAUCUCAUUCAAAGCCUCAGACUAGCGCCGCUCAUUCGCCGAUCGUGACUCCAGCUUCUUCUGCCUCAGUCUCCCGAGCGAAUUCUUCUUCGAACACUCCUCACAAGUCUACGGCAGCAGCUCCACCAAACCCGAAUGGUACAACCGCGAAUAAUACUUCUGCGCCUGCGCCUGCUCCUGCUGCAGCUCCAACUCCUAUUUCUACAACUGCGACUCCUUCGAAAAAUCCAGUUUCUAGAUUACAACGCAUUUUCUCGCAGUCUUCCGUUAAUCGACAGAAUAAUAAAAACAAACCUUCUGGAAAUACUAAUACCGAGGAAACAAACAGCACAAAUGGUAGUGAAGCUGGGGCAUCUGCCGUUCCCAACAGCUCUUCCAGCGCAAAUCAAAACUCGAAGCCUUCUCGUUUUACUGUAUACGAUGAUGGUAGUCAUACCCAUCGUCUUCGCCCCGCUAAGCGCCAGGAAAAGUUGGGCAAGAUGUUAAAGGACUUUCUUGCUGGAAACAGCAAGAAGCGUGAAGAAGAGCGUGCUGCUAAAGAAGCGGCAGCUGAUUCCCAGCACCAGCUUAGCUUGGUUCAAUCUUGGAUCAACGGCUAUGGGCAGGAGAAGCUUGCAGAUAAAAAGGACCCCGGCAAAGUGUCUGCUAGCUUUGUUGAGAAGUACGGGCGCUGUCAAGAGGUCAUUGGCCGUGGCGCAUUUGGCGUUGUACGGAUAUCGCACAAAGUUGAUCCACAGAAUUCUAGAUCUGAAUUGCUAUAUGCUGUCAAAGAAUUUCGUCGGAAGCCGUCAGAGUCACAAAAGAAAUAUACCAAACGUCUUACUUCGGAAUUUUGUAUCUCUUCGUCUCUACGCCAUCCUAAUGUCAUUCAUACAUUAGACUUAAUUCAGGACAACAAAGGAGAUUAUUGUGAAGUUAUGGAACUCUGUUCUGGCGGUGAUUUGUACACUUUAAUUAUGGCUGCUGGACGACUUGAACCUAUGGAAGCUGAUUGCUUUCUCAAGCAGCUCAUGCGUGGUGUUGAUUAUCUUCAUGAUAUGGGUGUUGCUCAUCGGGAUCUAAAACCAGAAAAUCUGUUGCUUACCAUUAACGGCAGUAUCAAAAUUACUGACUUUGGUAAUGGUGAGUGCUUCCGAAUGGCAUGGGAAAAAGAAGCACACAUGACCUGUGGCCUCUGCGGUUCUGCUCCUUAUAUUGCACCGGAAGAAUAUACAGAAAAGGAGUUUGACCCACGUGCUGUGGACGUAUGGGCUUGUGGUGUUAUUUAUAUGGCAAUGCGCACUGGUAGACAUUUAUGGCGAGUUGCAAAGAAAAGUGAAGAUGAAUUUUAUGCUAAGUAUUUGAUGGAUAGAAAGAAUGAGAGUGGAUACGAACCUAUUGAAAUGUUAGAACGGUCGCGGUGUCGAAACACUCUUUAUAAUAUUCUCCAUCCUAAUCCUGGUUAUCGCUUGACAGCGAAGCAAAUCAUGAAAAGUGAAUGGGUUCGUUCCAUUAAGCUAUGUGAGUAUGGUGCCGCUGGCUUAUAA